AUGAUCCGGCGCGCGAAGAAGGCGGCCUCCGCGUCGGAGCAUGAGGUGGCGCGGCACGUGAAGAGCGUUAAGGCGGAUGUGAGGCAGGUCACGCUCCAUGCGAAUCGUGUCCAGGAGGCCGAGCGGGGCGACAUUCACUACUUUCCGUAUGCGUGCCCGCUCACGCAGCGCGUGAUGAAUGGCAAGCACAAGUUUGUGUGCCUGUGGCCGUGUGGCUGCGUCGUGAGUGAGACGGGACUGCGCGAGACGUGCUUGGCGGGCCAAUCGAAGCGCGAGCUGAUCCAGCCUCAUGCGUGUCCGCAGUGCGCACAGGCGUUUCGGCCAGAUGCGCUGGUGGCCGAGGAGCCGCGGUGGGGUGCCGACGUCGUUUGGCUGUAUCCCUCGCGCGCGGCGCGCGACGCGCUCGAGGCCCAGCGCCAGGCCCGUUCGAAGCGCAAGGCCGCGCCACAGCCCUAG